CGCAUUUUUGGGUUUGGAUCUUACUGACAAUACUAUUGCAAAUAACAGUUUCUGAAGAUACGCAGCAAAUAUGUAUUUCCCUUUGUACAUCGAUAUUUAUAACACUGACAUUUCUGAUAGCAGCGAACAUAGGCGUUGUCAUUUAUUCGCGUACAGUUAGCGUAGCGCUAAGCUAACCUGCUAUGGCAAAAGCUACAACGAUAAAAGAGGCAUUAGUGAAAUGGGAGGAAAAAUCGGGAGAGAAAGUCGGCGAGGCAAAAGCAAUCAAGCUGUAUGGACAGAUCCCACCCAUUGAGAAAAUGGAUGCCUCCCUCUCCACCCUCACCAAUUGCGAGAGGCUAUCAUUGUCCACAAACUGUAUUGAGAAAAUCGCCAAUUUGAAUGGCCUCAAAAACCUAAAAAUAUUAUCCUUGGGACGCAACAAUAUUAAAAACCUGAAUGGACUGGAGGCUGUGGGAGAUACCCUAGAGGAGCUCUGGAUAUCCUAUAACCUCAUAGAGAAGCUUAAAGGAAUCCAUGUUAUGAAAAAGCUGCACGUUUUGUACAUGUCCAACAACCUUGUGAAAGAGUGGGGAGAGUUCCUCAAGUUAGCAGACCUUCCACAGCUUGUGGACCUGGUGUUCGUGGGAAAUCCUCUGGAGGAGAAACACUCGCUGGAGGGAAACUGGAUGGAGGAGGCCACCAAGAGACUACCCAAGCUUAAGAAGCUGGACGGGAAUCCAGUAAUCAAGCAGGUGGAUGAAGAGGAUGGAGAGAGUUAGUGGCUUCAGAUUUCCCAGUUCCUUGUUUACAUUAGUUGUUUAUUUAAAUGGGUCCAGCACCAGCACAGUUGUGAUUAAAACAUGCAAUAUUGACAAUACAAUCAAUUUUUAUACUGUGGAUGUUAGUUACUUGAGGAGCAUCGGCAUUAUUUCUAUGUUAUGUCUGGAGGUUUUAAUGGCGUCUUAAAAAUGUCACUGCAUUUGUACGGUUCUUCCUUGGACAACCUGGUCCCAUUUUAAUAAGCAAAGAAAACAACCAUUCCCAUGUGACAUAAAGAUGUGCGACUCUGGAAUUUUUAAAGGGGUGAACUAGCUGUCGGUGUGGAGUUUGCAGAAUGCAUGACAAUUAGUGGGAGAGGCAAGCUCUCUGUCACCCUUUGGUCCUGUCAGACUAGCAAAUCCAAAUGCUAAGCCCAUCCAUUCCAGGCUGCAGCCGUCCAUUUUUCACACAGUGGCAUAAUGGUGCUUCAGGCUUACACGCGGUUUGUAGCAACAUGAGCUAUGUAGGCACACACCCAGGGUGAGAAAUGCUCCCACUGAUGCACAGAAACUGCAGAGCCGAAUAUGUUAGUUACUCCAAUCCGUGACACUGUUUUAGACAACGGCACAUACUGACAUACGGACAGGGAAUGCAUGACGCCAAAGGGUAAUAUGUACAGUAUGCUUACGAAUACAUUUUUUUUUUUACUCUGCGUGUACGCACUGCGAUGAUCUGACUAAUAUUGUUGUAACAGCACAAAAAGUAUGAUUACACUUUCAAAGUACUUUUCCCUAGCAUGAAUAGGAACCACCGCACACAAAAGGGAAAUUAAAAUACAUGAAGAAUUUGUGUAUCUUGUAUGUUGAGAUAAUACAUGAAUGUUUUGUAGGAUUUUUUUUUUUUUUUUUACUUUUGUUUUAAAUUAUUAGGCAUGUUUCUACAAAUGAAUAUACUGAGAUGUUUUAUAAUAUUACUGAAAUUAUAACAUUGUGUUAAUUUCAUUAAAGAAUACUGAAAUUGUA